AUGGAGCUGCUGUGUCCCAGUGCCAAGAGGAGGAGAUCCGAGGACCUCGCAGCUGGUGAGCCCCCGCCACGGGCGACGGAAGCCACGGAGGCGGCCAAUCUCGGACCUACAACCCACAGCAAGGAACCGCCGCCGCCGCCUGAUGCUGGCGGCGGCGGUGACGUCGACCGCAUCAGCGGUCUCCCCGACGCCGUCCUCGGUGAGAUAGUUUCGCUUCUCUCCACCAAGGAAGCCGGUCGCACCCAAAUCCUCGCUUCCCGGUGGCGCCACGUUUGGCUCGCCUCCCCUCUCGUCAUCGACGGCAGAGACCUCUGGACCAAGCCCAAGAUAUUUACCGCCGCCAACGAGGCCCUCGCCAGCGCGGUCUCCAAAAUCCUCUCCGCCCACCCGGGCCCCGGCCGCCGCUUCUGCGUCCCGCCGCACUAUCUCCACGACCGUCCCGCCACCGUGGACGCCUGGCUCAGCUCCCCGGCGCUUCACAACCUCCAGGAGCUUGAUUUCUGGGAAGGGAAACAUAUGGUACAUAGGUAUGGUCGCCCGUAUCCGUUGGCACCACCACCUGCCUCUACUUUCCGGUUCUCGGCUACCCUCCGAGUUUCUACCUUGAGCAAAUGCGAGCUCCCGGAUAGCUCAGUGGAAGGGAUUCACUUUCCCCACCUUAAGCAGCUCGGCCUUGAAAAUGUCAGCUUCUCCGAGGGCUCACUGCAUACGAUGAUUUCCAGCUGCCCUGUCCUGGAGUGUUUGCUGCUUAACGGCAUCUUUGGGGUUGGCUGUCUCCGGAUUAGUUCCAAUACCCUUAGAAGCAUCGGUGUCGGCACUGAUUUUGAUUGUUAUAGGGACAAUCUCCAUAGGGACAAUCUCCAGUUAUUAGAGGAAGUCAUAAUUGAUGCCCCUUGUCUUGAAAGAUCUCUCUAUCUUGGUUCAUUCAAGCCAACCAAUUUCAUUAUAAUCUCUUCACCUAAACUGGAGACCUUAGGCUGUCUUAAUAAUGAUUGGUUUGAACGUACCAGGCUCGUGUUUGGCACCAUAAUUAUUCAGGGAUUAAAAGUUGUAAGCUUGACAACAACAUUGAACAGUGUCAAGACUCUAGCUGUCGCAUCACAUAAUAUGAAUCUCGAUACGGUUAUUGAGUUGAUGAAAUGCUUUCCAUGUCUGGAGAACUUGUACAUAAAGUCUUGUAUUACAGGAGAAAUGAAUCGGUGGCGUCAUAAACAUAGGGAUUUCAUUAAAAGCUGUGAUAUCCAUCUCAAGAAAAUAGUGUUGAGGUAUCGAGGCAUCAAAUCACAAAUCAACUUUGCCUCAUUCUUUCUACUGAAUGCGAGAGAGUUAGAGUUAAUGAGGCUUGAAGUUGGAAACACAAAUUACAAUGAGGCUUUCUUUGCAGAACAAUAUGGGAUGCUUCAGAUGGAGAAAAGGGCCUCGAGAGGAAUGAACUCUACCAUCACGGUUUACCAAAAAGCGGACCUGCUGCUCAGCUGUAAACUCCAGACCUUUAGUUCAAGGUCUUCUAGGGCAUCAAGCAUGUCUUCCAUCAGUCACCAGUCAUUGAGGUCCUCUGGGCUUGACUCCUGA